CGCUGGGACACCGCUUGCCGCGAUGCCUUUCCCCAUCCUGGAUUUGCCACCUGAGUUGGUCGGCAUCAUCUGUAGCGAACUCGAUGAUACUACUCUAAUGAACGUUCGACGCACCUCCCGAACCCUCAAGGUCCAUUCUUCGACUGCAUUCGGCACGCGCUUCUUCAACCAUGUGGUGGCUAUCUUGCAUCCGGUUAGCCUCACUAUCUUGCUGGAGAUAGCACGUCAUCACGAGCUUUCCAAAUUCGUCAACACGGUCACCAUUGGAGGCGAACGUAUUGGUGGCGUCAUUAAUAUGAGCAUCAAAGAGGACGAGGAAAGGCUUAAAGACCUCCAGACUAGCAUGGAAAGAUCGGGUAUGGAUCGCCUUAUCCUCGACGAGGUCUUUCGAGAGCUUCAGAACCUUGAGAUUGUGCGAAUGGACAAUUCUUCAUUCCUCCCAGAGUUCGCCCAAGUCGAUGCCGUUCGCUGUGGAAAAUUUCACCUUUUCGGAGAAUCCUCGGCCUCUUACAACGUCGCUAGCAACGAGCGAAACCUCAAUCGAGAGUACAGCUUAGUGCUAGACGCUUUAGUCAAGGCCGGCAAGCAUGAAAAGGUCAAACUGUAUUUCGUAUUCUGCGCUGAAGCCAGCCCAACGCCCAAUGAUAGCUUCGAUCUUGACUCGGAGCACUGGAGGAAAAGCUUCCGCUCCAACGUCCAGUAUGUCAGGUUCUAUGGAGGCCACAACUCGGAAUGGGGGAAGAGUCUCCUCACUGCGCCGAAUCUAAAGCAGCUUGAAGUCUACGGCCGUUCGGAAAUCUUCGACUUCUCUCAUCCAUCGGCAGGAUUGUUCCAUUGGCCGAAUCUUCAGAAACUAGCUCUCAACGAUACCCGGGUCAUACCAAAGAGCUUCUUGGCGUUUCUCGAGAAGCACAGCCCGACAAUGACUCACCUACAUCUUCAAGCCAUUACUCUCCUCCAAGGUACCUGGACAGAACCACUUCAAAUCGUUGAAGGCAUGCCAAAGUUGCACUACGUGUUCCUCAACGUUUUAUGGGAACGCAAGACGCCGUCUAUGAGCGAAGGAUCCUUUAGUCGAUUCUAUGAUGAUGGCGACCUCCACGGGCAUUUGUUCCAUAUGUACGGCCAUACUACCAUAUCCUUGGUCGUACGGGUGCUUCUGAGUGAUCUCCGAACCACCAGGGUCAGACCAAAGGGGGUUAGUGGAUUUGGUACUUAUUACGAGGUCGAUUUCCGGAAAGCCAGGGCGGCUCUUGCAGGCAAGAUUGUGUACUGUGACGGGGAGUGGAAAUCGAAGGACGAUGAGGACGAAUCAGUCACAUAGGCAUCGCUAGAAGCAGUUACUGGGGAAGAAUGUGGUUCGGAUGACGAAAAGAGUGUGGAAUGAUUUGAUGUAGCCAGGAAGCCUACCAUCGCGCUGCGGAUGGGAAUAGCGCUGCCCCGAUGCCAAUGAGAGGGAUGAAGAACGGC